AUUAAGAUGCGCCACUUAACAUCAUACACCUGUUAUUAAUAUUAUUCUUAUUUACUUUUUUUUUUUAAUUUCUUUUGAUCCUUUGGAGGUUUUUAACGUUUAACCCUCUCUCUCUCUCUCUCCAGAAUCUCCACACGCCAUUGAUACUGCAUACUCUGAAAUUUCCAUUGAAACAGCAUCUGAGCUUUCUCUCCUCCAUUGAAGCAGCUUCUGAGGGGUUGCAUCAUCUCCAAAGUCAUUGUGCAAUUUCUAUAAUAUUGUUGGGCAUUGCAUCUGAUGGAUAUCCUAGAUGGUCAUCAUAUAGGACUUGAUGAAAGUGAUACAAAAGUGAAAUGCAAUGAGUCUGCUGGUGCUGGAACCACAAAAAGAAAGGAGUUGCACGGGACAGUUCAUGUUAAUGCCUUAUCUGGUACUUGGAGAGAUAACCCUCAUGGAGCUGUAUUCCAUGCUUACAAGAUUGAUUUCUCUUGUGAUUGUGAGUUGUACCCUGGUUUUGUACUCUUGACGGAGUUGAAGCUAGAUGAGGAUGUAGCUAAUACUAAAGUUGACUUGUAUCUACUUGACAAGAUGGUCAAAUCAUCGGUUAUGCCAUGUGGUGAAGUGCAUUUGGGGUCGGACCAAAUAAGGCGAGCAAUGCACUUUCAUGAACUUCUCUUUAAUGGGUUAUAUGGAAAAUUGUUUCUAGGAUCAAAAGCAAGUGGGGUCAAUAGAGAGUUUCUUCUUCAGAGAGACACUGGUCUUCUGUGGAGUACUUCAUACAUUUAUUUGAUCUUACCAAUUGAGUCGUUAGACUAUGUAGAUCAUGAUUCAUGGAGAAUUGACUGGAAGGGCAUUGAUUCCUGUGUCUCUGUGGUAGAAUUUAUGAGGAAUUCUGCUUGGUUGAGUGCUGAACAAUCUGGGGCCCAAUAUAGGAGCUCGAUUGGUGACCCCUCUUCAGCAGGUAACGCUGGUGAGAAUACUAUACAUUUGGCUAACCGUUCAUUGUCUAUAGAGAACUUGGAAGAAACUGUCGUUAUGUCCAUCCACACUGGAAGGAUAUACUAUGUUCGAGAAGUCUUGGUCAAUACCUCUGCUGAGAGCCCUUUUGAUUCUAAUGUUGAUGGGGCACCAUCAAAGUAUACUAGUUUUGCUGAUUACUUCAACAAGAAGUACGGAAUUGUGCUGUUCUAUCCAGGACAGCCAUUGUUACUGUUGAAGCAGACUCAUAAUCCAUUUAAUCUUCUCUCAGAUAGUGAGGCUAGUGCAUUGCGUCGAAAGUUGCUGUCAAGUGGUGAUCUGGUUGACUCAAAGCGACAGAAUCAUGUUCACAUGCCACCUGAGCUUUUAGUCUGUAUUGAUAUCCAACUAUCAACUCUAAGGGCGUUGUAUUUAAUACCUUCUUUGAUUCACAGGCUGGAGUCUCUGAUGUUAGCCUGUCAGCUAAGGAAAGAGAUUGCCUGUAACUUUCAUAUGCCAAGCUCACUGAUUUUGGAAGCACUUACAACUCUCAGAUGCUGUGAAGAUUUUUCUUCAGAGCGUUUAGAGUUGCUUGGUGAUUCAGUGCUAAAGUAUGUUGUGAGCUGCCAUGUUUUUCUUAAAAGUCCCCAUGAACAUGAAGGAAAGUUAUCUGGCCAGCGCCAAAGUACUAUUUGCAAUGCUAACUUACAUAAAUUGGGAACUAAGCGCAAGCUGCACGAAUACAUUCGUGAUAGUGCAUUUGAGCCUCGUCGAUGGGUUGCUCCUGGGCAGCUUUCAGUUCAUCCGGUUCCUUGUUCACAUGGUGUUGACACAUCUGAAGUGCCUUUAGAUAAGAGAUUUCAUACUAUUGACGAAAAUACCGUACUUGGAAAGAGCUGUGACAAGGGACAUCGGUGGUUGGUUUCCAAAAGCAUAGCUGAUUGUGUUGAGGCAGUUAUUGGAGCAUACUAUGUUGGUGGUGGAUUAAUGGCUGCUCUCCAUAUGAUGAAAUGGCUAGGAAUUGAAGCUGAACUGGGGCCUGGUUAUGUUGACAAAGCUAUUAAUCUGGCAUCUGACCGAUCUUGCAUCCAAAAAGUUGAUCAGAUUACAGCCUUGGAAUCCAAACUCGGGUAUGACUUUUCUACCAAAGGACUGCUACUUGAAGCUAUUACUCAUUUAACAGAGCAAGAAUCUGGGGUGGGCUACUGUUAUGAGAGGCUGGAGUUUCUGGGAGACGCUGUGCUGGAUGUGCUGAUAACAUGGCAUCUUUAUCAGAACCACACGGAUAUUGAUCCAGGAGAAUUAACUGACCUACGUUCAGCUUCUGUGAACAACGAAAAUUUUGCCCAAGUCUCUGUCAGGCGAAACCUGUAUCAGCAUCUUCAGCUUUCUUCCGAGUCAAUCUCAAAACAGAUAACAGAGUACGUUACACUGGUUAUGGAUGCAGAAGAUUCUAAGUCGCUGCAAGGAAGGCAGUGCCCCAAGGUUCUUGGUGACCUUCUGGAGAGUAUUGCCGGGGCAAUACUAAUUGAUACCAAGCUUAAUGUCGAAGAAGUGUGGAGAAUAUUUUUCCCUUUAUUGUCUCCUAUUGUAACACCUGAUAAUCUUGAGUUACCUCCCUUCCGUGAAUUGAAUGAAUUGUGUGAUCGCCUUGGAUACUUUUUCAAAGAACAUUGUAUCAAUGACAAAGAUGUGGUGCUUGCAGAAUUGAGACUACAACUGGAAGACAUUUUAUUGAUAGGAGAAGGAAUUGGUAAAACUAAAAAAGCUGCCAAGGGACAAGCUGCUCUUUAUUUGUUGAAAGGACUGGAUAACAAAGGAAUGUCAUAUGAUAAAUGUGUUUUGAAGAGGAAAAAACAGGAAUUGAAUGAUGUCAGUUCAGGCCUGAUCGAUAUGAAAUUCAGUGUCAUGAAAAGCAAACAUACAUCUCAGAAGAAGCAAAAGGUCUCUCUGCUGCCUUGUGGAGAUAAUGAAGCUCCAGAUGCUGCUAUUCCAGUUAUUGCAGCUGUUAAAACAGAUAAAGGGGGGCCAAGAAACUCAUUGUAUGAAUUGUGUAAAAGAUUGCAGUGGCCUAUGCCUAGCUUUGAAACUAAUGAAGAAAAGUCAAGAUCACCUAUUGAAUUCGGCGAAGGCUCAGAUAAAAGGACCGGCUUCAAUGGUUUUACAUCGAAAAUCUCUUUGCUCAUACCUGACUAUGGUGUCAUGGAGGCCAUGGGGGAGCAAAGAGCUGAUAAGAAAAGUUCUCAAGACUCGGCAGCACUGCACUUGCUUUAUGAGUUGGAACAGCAGGGAAAACUAGUUAUCAAUUGCUAAUAAGUAGGUGGAACAUUAGGGUAGACUUAAUGAACUGAAAUGACAAGCUUUGAUGGAUGCUAGUGAUAAGGAUUCAAACUCUUGAUUCCUUCUGCCUUUAGGCUUAGAUGGUGUAGGACAAGCUAUGUAAUGGAGUCCUGAAUAACUAAGAAGGAUAGAUUACCCUGUUGUUUAGUCUUAACGAAUUUGAAUUUAAGAUUAUGGCCCUUGUACAUAAUGGUGUAACAUUACUGUAACUGUGAACACCGUAUUGUUGUUCUGUCUUGCCUGUUGCUUGAUCAUCGUCAUUAGGACAUUUAAUAAACAUCUUGUCUGUAGAUGUAACCUUUAUUCUUCCAGUGUAUUUUCCCUUUAUUAACCUC